AUGUCUGCUCGUGGCCACAAGAAGAAAGUCCAGGGUGGUCCUGUCCCCACAGAUCAUGGUAAUAGCUCACUACCAUUGAGGGACUCCAACUCGUCAAAAAAGUCAAGAUGGCUCUAUGCAUUAAUGAUCCAUCUUGCAGUUGGACAUUAUCAAUCAAUCCUCGCCAAUACAAUGAUUUAUCCUAAUGACAUAGAGGCAUGCAAAUGGUCGGGCCAAGCAUGGGCGGCAGCUUGUUGUUCUCAAGGUGUUCGGAUUGAUUAUGAUGAGGAUGCUUAUAAAUUGAUCACAGAACAUGGCUCUAAUUUACGCAGCGACCUCAAGACUGCUCUGCGCCCACUGGUUGAGACAGAGUUUGGUUUCAAAAACGACAAAACUCCAGAGGCCAUCAGAUUUAAUGCAGAGCUCACAUCUACUCUCCUUGGAAACUGCAAGCUUUUCACAUGCAAGAACUGCAAAGCAGGCAAAGGUCUAUUUGAAGUGGACAUCAUCCCCAAGGGCAUCACCAAAUGGUGCUAUGAUAGGAAGAACUCGUUGGGUGCCAUGCUGACAAGCUACUUCAAGGACACUACUACUGGUGGGGCGAGCUUGGGUAUCAUUGUGGCAGUCCUUACUGGGAUUGAGGCUUGUGUGGUGGAGUGGACCACCAGCACCAAGAUUGAAUCAUGCUUCUACAAGGAGCGCUAUGCUGCCAUCUUCAAGACUUACUACAAAAUGCUGGUUGACUUUGACAUUUUGCCCAAGAUUUGCAAGAGGCUUCUAAAACAUGCUCAGCACCAUGCAAAUGUUCCCGAGGAUCCAAUUAGAGUGGGUGGCACGUCAGAGAACUUCUCGACUGACGAAUUCACAGCGGCAGCGGCAGAAUGGGAUGGGCGUGUUGAGUCGGACGACGAGUAUUAG